ACCCAGGGAGAGGGUCCAGAUGGAGCGGACGUCCAGAGGCCCCGGGGGACUACUGCGGCUGGCGGGCUUCCUGUCCGGUGCCUGGAUCGUUGGGGCGCAGGGGCCCCCCAUGAACCACACGCGGGGAGACUCCGUCCUCUUCCCCCUAAACGUCUCCGUGACCUCCGACUUGCGGGCGGUCGAAUGGACCUUCGUGACCAAGAAGCAGGCUAUCGUGGAGCUCCGGCCCGGGUCUCAGGGGACCCUUCCCACCUGGGUCCAGGAGAGCUACAAACAGAGGGUCCACAAUGUCGCCGGGAUCUCCCUGCGGUUGCUGGAUGUGACUCCUGAGGACAGCGGCACCUACGAGGCCCAAGUCAAAUUCCAGUCGGGAACGGUCCAGAAGCAGCAAUUCACCCUCGCGGUGUACGAGCCGGUGCCCGUCCCCGAGAUCCACUGGCGGCCCGCAAGCCGGGUCUCGGCCUGGUGCAACGUGACUCUGGAGUGUCGGCUCCCGGGGGCGGGAGAGGGGGCGGCCGUGACCGUGAGCUGGAGGAGGGGGGACCCCCCGGAGGAACUGGCAGGGGCGGAGCGGCGGGGGCUGUCCCCCGACCACCGGACCCUCAGCCUGGCCCUGCCUUCGCCCCAUCCCAACGUCACCUCCUUCACCUGCCUGGCCCACUCUCCCGCCCAGGAGAGAAGCGCCUCCAUCCAACUCGGGGACCCCUGCCCCUCACCGGAGUCUUCCACUAAAGGGGCGGCUUCCUCGGUGAACGCCUUCCCCCUAAACGGGAUUAUCUCCGCCGCUCUGCUGCUGUCCCUGUCCCUGCGGAUGGAUUACGAUUAAAGGAGAAGAUGGAGGCGGAGAGGGGCAGGUGAACAGGAUCAGCACCACAGGAAGAUUGAAUGGCUCAGUGGAAAAAGCACAGGCUUGGGAGUCAGAGGUCACGGG